AUGGCAGAGAGAGGGAAGUUUCUUUUAUUUAAAACUUAUUUUCACUUUCUUUCUUCUUCAUUCAUCCCUUGCUUUCAUUAUCUUCCUUUAUUUCUAUAUAUCUCUUACAUUCUGAUUCUUCUCUUUCCUUCUUCCUUUCUUUUCUUGCUUUUCUUCAUUCAUCUAUUUCCUUUUCCCCCAUUUGCUUAUUUACUUGUUCUUCUUCAUUCUUCUCUUUCCUUCUUCCCUCAAUUGCUUGUUUUUCUUUCUUCUCUUAUCUUCUCCCCUCAUUUGCAUGUUUUUCUUCAUUUUUCUCUUUCCUUCUUCCCUCAUUUGUUUCUCAUUUCCUUGUUUUUUUUCGUUCUUUUCUUUCCCUUUUCCCUCAUUUACUUGUUUUUUCUAUUUAUCUUCUUCCUUCAUUUGCCUGUAUUUCUUUUUUCUCUUCAUUCCGUCUUCCCUCAUUUACUCAUUUUUCUUCUUUCUUCUCUUUCCUUCUUCCCUUAUUUGCUUAAUUUCAUCAUUCUUCUUAUUCUUUCUUUCUUCAUUUUCUUGUUCUUGUUCUUCUUUCCUCAUUCCCUCAUUAGCUUGUUUUUCUUUCUUCUCUUUUCUUCUUCCCUUAAAUGCAUGUUUUUCUUUCGUCACUUUUCUUCUUCCUUCUUUUGUAUGUUUUUCUUCAUUCUUCUCUUUCUUUCUUCCCUCAUUUGCUUGUUUUCUUCUUUCCUUCUUCUCACAUUUGCAUGUUUUUCUUCUUCUCUUUCCUUCUUCCCUCAUUUUUCAUUUGCUUGUUUUUCUUCAUUCUUUUCUUUCCCUUUUCCCUCAUUUACUUGUUUUUUCUAUUUAUCUUCUUCCCUCAUUUGCCUGUAUUUCUUUUUUCUCUUCAUUCCUUCUACCCUCAUUUACUCAUUUUUCUUCUUUCUUCUCUUUCCUUCUUCCCUCAUUUGUUUGUUUUUCAUCAUUCUUCCCAGUCUUUCUUUCUUCAUUUUCUUGUUCUUGUUCUUCUUUCCUUCUUCCCUCAUUAGCUUGUUUUUCUUUCUUCGCUUUUCUUCUUCCCUCAUUUGCUUGUUUUCUUCUUUCCUUCUCACAUUUGCUUGUUUUUCUUCUUCUCUUUCCUUCUUCCCUCAUUUGUUUGUUUUUCUUAUUUCCUUCUUCCCUCAUUUGAUUUUUUUUCUUCUUUCUGUUUUCCCUCAUUUUCUCCUUUUUUUUCUCUUUCCUUCUUCCCUCAUUUGUUUAUUUUUCUUCUUUCUUCUCUUUUAUUCUUCCCCCUAUUACUUUUUUUCUUCUUACUUCUCUUUCCCUCUUCCCUUAUUUCUUUUUUCUUUUUUUUUUACUAUUGCCCCAAUCCUCUUAAACUUCUCUUUCCUUUUGUUAUUCUGCAUUUGUUAUUCUAUUAUUAUUUCUUUAUCCCUUUCUUUAAAACUUCUUCCCUCUCCUUCCCUUCUUUCUUUUUUCUUUAAUUCUUUUCUUUUUAACUUUUUCUUUAUUCUUCAUUUCUUUGUUUUUCUCUAUUUUUCCCUGCCAUGUUUAAUUUCUUUUUGUUCGUCUGUUUUGAAAUGUCAACCAAUAUCUUUUUUAUCUUUCCCUCUUCCCUCAUUGGUUUAUUUUUCUUCUUUCUUUUCUUUUAUUCUUCCCUCUAUUACUUGUUUUUCUCUUUUCUUCUUUUUUUCCCCUCAUUUGCACGUUUUUCAUCUUUCUUCUCUUACCUUCUUCCUUUAUUUGCUAGUUUGCUGA